GGAAGCUCCUCCAGGUUAAACUCCGCCUCGCGCUCACUGAACACAUGUUAGACGAUAACAACAUAUAACUAUGAUAUUAAUAUGAUAUAUAAGAGGUUGUUGUGGGUCCUCGGAUCACACAGUGCACGUCCUUCUGUGCACGACCCGACGAGCGGUCACGUGGAUCCGGCAGGAAACAAAGGUGCGCUCAGAAACCUCACCAACACGCUCCGGUUAUAAGAGCUCGGGGCGGGGUCUUUUUAAAACAACAUAUCGCAUUAUAUUUAUCUUUACUAUGUUUAUUAUAUAGUAUAUUACAAUGUUUUAACAUGUAUAUGUAUUCCAUAUGAUAUAAUAUUUCUUUAUUACUACAAGAUAAGCCAGUGCUUACAUGUAAUGUAUUUAAAUAUUUUCCUGUAACAUUUUAAAUAUAUAUAAUAGUACAUAACUUAUUAUGUAUCUAUAAUACAACAAGACAGGGCAGUUUAUAUACAUACAAAUAUGCAUUUAAAUAUUGAAUAUGACCUAGUAAUAGUAUCAGAAAUACACAACACUCGAGCAGCAAUGAGUACUUGAAUUCUAGCUACGUGACAAACGGUGCGGCAGCAUGAGAAAAUGAAGCGCACCCAAUGUUGGACAACCAAAACCUACCGUUGGAUCCACUUAAGUCGCAACAGCCGCGAACAAACACGGUUAAAUCUGUAUUUAUAUUCACUGUUGUUCGUGUAUUUAAAGUUAAAUUAAUACAUAUUCACUCGCUCGUAGUAGCGGAGUCGAAGAAACGUCCUGAAACCGCUUUAAUGUAGAGUGGUUGGGCUCAGACGAACUCCGUGUUAGUUCAGCCCGUGAGUAAAGUAACUCCUCUGGAAGGUGGCUAGGUGAGCUAAUGUUGAUCUCCCCCCGGAGGAGCUGCGCACUGUCCGGCUGCGGGUCCGAUGGCUGUGCGGUGGUUGUGCAGCUUGUUUGGGAAGCCCUUUGAUGGCGGGAAGAGAAUGGACCAUGGUGGCCCUCCGCAGCAUCAGCAUCCAAUGGAGCAGCAGCAGCAGUCGUACAAUGCGCAGCACCCUGCCAUGAUGCGUCUGUAUGAGGUCCAGAAGCAGGUGGCGUCUCUCGGGCCUCAGGUCUGCACCUUCAGCGGCCUGCAGAACGACAGAGACUACAAGCGUCUGGAGCGGGAGCUGACCCGGCUGCUGCUGGACGUGGACCAGGUCGACACCGAGGGCAAGCCGGAGCUGCAGGGGGCCCGGAAGAGAGCGGCGCAGGAGGUGGAGGGCCUCCUGAGGUACCUGGAGGAGAACGCCACGCACCCGUCCCGUGUGGCCAUCGAGGAGCUGAGCAACGAGGCGCGGCAGCUGGUGGACGACCGGGUGGUGGCCCCUCAGCGCGUCGGGGGGGUGGCUGAGAUAAACGACGAGCUGGUGGAGGCCCUGCAGCAGCUGGUGCUGAGGCUCACCCAGGUGAAGACCGAGGGGAGGGUGCCGCUCCGCAAAGCCCGGUACCGGGCGCUGACGCGUCUGUGUGCCGUGCAGGACGUGGUGGAGGGGCGCACGCAGCAGCAGACGCUCUCCCUGCCGCUGUCGGGCGAGACCCACGAGGCCGUGAACCGCAUCAACCAGGUGAUGGUGAAGGUGAGCGUGGCCCGCAGCCAGCUGGUGGCCCUGCUGAUGGGCCUGAGUGGGAGGGACAGCUGCGCCCAUCUGUCACGCAUCCUGACGGAGAUGCAGGUGGAGCUGGACGCUCUGGACGUCUCCGGGAACGCAGCCAUCAGAAACUACCGGAAGCAGGUGGUGGAGGAGAUCAAUGGUCUGCUGAAACAUCUGGACCUGGAGGGGGAAGGAGACGACACGCGCAGAUACGAGUUGGGUCACAACAACUCCAUCCGUGAGAUCGAGAACGUGCGAGCUCACGUCUCCCACCUGCGAGAGGGGAUCCUGCGACACUGUGCGAUGGGCGACCUCAGCUUCAGACCCAAGGCCGAGCUGCAGAGCCUCCUCACGCACCUGGACCAGGUGGACACGGCCAAGAACCCUUGUAUCCGAGAGGCCCGGCGCCGCGCUGUGGUCGAGGUCCAGGCCAUCGUCACCUUCCUCGACCUCCGCGAGGCCCUGGUCUGCCGCCAGCCGGGCCACACCGAGCACCCGUCCCACCGGGCCGUGUGGCAGGUCCUGGGCAACCUCUCGGACCUCCAGGCCCAGGUGCUGGGCUUCGACGGCAAGAGGGUCGACAAGAACUACAUGAUCCUGGAGGAGAAUCUGACCAAGCAGCUGCUGUCCCUGGACGCCGUGGACCCGCAGGGCGACGAGACGGCCAAGGUGGCUCGGAAGCAGGCGGUGAAGUUUGCUCAGAACAUUCUCAACUACCUGGACAUGAAGACGGACGAGUGGGAGUAUUAACUGAGUCAGGAACAUGGAGCACAGGGCAGGAGACGCAGGUUGGACGUCUCUGCAGGAACGAGAGGAGCUGAUAAUGUGUGAAAAUACAUAAAAAACUGACCUUAUCAUUCCAGAGGCUGUAAAUAUAUCGACUCAAAUCCCCAGAAUGCAAAGCAGCAGCGCUUCUCUUUCGUCUCUUAGUGAAAGUCGUGGCUGAUCCUGCUGAGAGGGAAACAUCACAGAACUCCUCUAGUGAAACACAAACAUUCUUUUGUGCUAUUGGACAUUUUUCUCUUCAAAAUCUCGUGUGUGUGUGUGAGAGUCUUCGUCAUUGUCGUUGUGUAUUUGACGUGUGUGUUUGUUGAACCCGCUGCCAACGCACUACAUAACGCCUGCUCCACAGCUCGCACCCCCCAGACUGGACCUGAUCUUGAUUCAUAUCCCGAUUAGAGAGAACUGGGCUCGGUCCAGUACGGGUUUCCUGUUGGGACUGGGCCCAUUUUAAAAGCUGAAAUGUCAAAUUCUAAACUUUCUGGUUUAUUUUUGCUGCAGUUUGUGUUAAAAUCAAAUCUGGAAACGAGUUGAAUCUUCAGUCGAAUGUUCUUUUAAGUAAUUGAAGAGAUGUUUGGACAAAAGUGUCAUUUCAGAGGUCACGUUUUAAAAGUGCAGUGCAGGCGGGUUGAACAAAGCCGGUAACGAGAGAGAGAGAGAGAGAAAAGAGUGGGAUUAUUGAUGUAAGGUCAUCCUCCGCUCCUGUGUGACCUAUUUAUCUCCUCGCUGGUUCGGCUCUCACACACACGUCUGUGACGUAAACCCGACCGACCACGGGUGACGUGGAGAAACACUCAACUGACAAACAAGGAGCAGAAGCAGAGAUAAAGUUCCAGGAAACUUAAAUCCAUGUUUUAAUCUGGUGCAGCCGCCGCCCGUCAGCUCUGAUCAGGAAGUCUGAAAAGAUAAAAAUACAGUUCCACCCGCUGCUUGUGUUGCCGUUAGUCUGUAGUGUGUUCUCUAAUGUUUGUUGUGACUUUGUGCGAUCGCGUUGUUCUAUAAAUGGAUCAGAGCGACGGGAGAGGAGGUGAAAAUGUGCUGCUGCUGCUUCAGGUUCUUUUUUUUGUUUCUACCCACUGCUGUCGACCAACUGAGGACAGGGAGCGUCCCUGUGGAGAGGAAGAGGAAGAGGAGCGGUCCCUGUGGAGAGGAAGAGGAGGCUGUGAUGUCCACUGGAUUGACACAUCAAGGCUGAAGCUCGCAGUGUCCUGUGUGGGAGAGACGAGUGACGGUGAUCGCACUCGACAGAGUCUUUUAGAGACUGGAUGGAGCUGCUGGUGCAGAGGGGUGG